UUUUCUGCUCAACUUUAGGUUUCCUCCUUCGAAACAAAAAUGCCGCCAUUAAUCUCUCUGCAACUCCGACGGCAGCUUCUUCACCACAUCUCUUCUCCGUCUCCUCUCAACCCCCAUUGCACAUCUACACACCCCCAUAGAUUACCGUUCACACAUUCUAACUCCUUCACAACCCAAACCGCAGAUUCGAUUGCUCAAUCUCUUUCCAGCAAUUCAGACCCUCUGAAUAUUACCCAAAGACUCAAGCUUCACUUCUCUCACAUCAAACCCACCCCGCUGUUAAUCACCCAAACUCUGAAUAUCUCCCCGGAUGCCGGCCAUUCUGUUUUAGGGUUUAACGAUUGGGUUAUCUCCCACCCCGAUUUCAAACACUCGGAUGAAACGCUCUCGCGCUUCGUCCAUUAUUUCGGUCGAAGAAAAGAUUUCAAAACUGCUCAUGAUUUGCUGGUUAGUGGUAACAUAUAUGUCGCCGGCCCUAAAACUCUCCACUCCUCCAUUGAUAGGCUGGUUCAUGCUGGUAGGCCCACUAAAGCUCUGGGUUUUUUCGAGAGAAUGGAGAAGGAGUAUGGGUUCAAAAGAGACCAGGAGUCGCUGAGAUUGGUUGUGCAGAAGUUGUGCGAAAAUGGGUAUGCUAGCUACGCGGAGAAAAUGGUGAAAGACUCGGCCAAUGAGAUAUUCCCUGACGAAGCAAUAUGUGAUCUGUUAAUCAAUGGUUGGUGUGUUGAUGGAAAGAUCGAUGAAGCCAGAAGAUUGGCUGGGGAAAUGUACAGGGGGGCUUUGAGAUUAGCACAAUGGCCUAUAAUGCAAUGCUUGAUUGUGUUUGUAAGCUUUGUAGGAAAAAAGAUCCAUUCCGGCUUUAGUUUGAAGCUGAAAAGGUGUUGCUCGAUAUGGAAACUCAUGGGGUCCCAAGGAAUGUGGAGACUUUUAAUGUGUUGAUGAAUAAUCUUUGCAAGAUUAGGAAAACAGAGGAAGCACUUGGUCUGUUUCAUAUGAUGGGGCAAUGGGGGUGCAAUCCUGAUUCAGAGAGUCAUUUGAUUUUAAUCCGAAGCUUGUAUCAGGCAGCUCGAGUCGAGGAAGGGGAUGAGAUGAUGGAUAGGAUGAAGUCUGCUGGGUUUGGUGAAAAGCUUGAUAAGAAGGAAUAUUUUGGCCUUUUGAAGAUAUUGUGUGGGAUUGAGAGGGUUGACCAUGCUAUGACUGUUUUUGAGAAGAUGAAAGCCGCAGGUGAUGGGCGUAAGCCCGGGGUAAAGACUUAUGAUUUGUUAAUGAGGAAAUGGUGUGCUCAUAAUCGCCUUUCUAGAGCCAAUGCUCUUUACAAUGAAGCCUUGAUAAAUGGGGUCCCCGUGGAAUCUAAGUCGUCUUUUAUGGUAGAUCCAAGAUAUGCAAAGAAAACCGAAGUUGUGAAGGAGAAGAAGAGGGAGGGUUUGCCUAAGAAAAUGGCCAGGAAGGGCAGACGUCUUAAGCAAAUUCGACUGAGUUUUGUAAAGAAGAGUCAGGGGCCGAGACGCUUCGCCUAAACUUGCCUUACUGAGAUUUUAAGUGGAAUGACACUUCCCAUUGGUGGUAAGAAAUGUUGUGUUUUGUAAAAGAUCUAGUGAAGUAGUGAUGCUCCGGAAAUAUGGCUUACCAAAUGGGCACUAGGUCUAUAGCCCUUAAAUGUGCCUAUACAUUGCAAUGUUUUUAUUUUUUAAGCAUAUGAGAUUGCAGUUUUUUUAAAGUAUAA